AUGCAGGCGGAAACAAAAUCCGUAAUAGUUUAUUUUAUGCUUUCCGUCGUAAUUGCCAAGGACCCAGAAUUACCACUAUGUCCAACAAAUAUUCAAUAUUUCCCCCAAAACCUUCCAAUGCACUGCCGCAUGCCGACGCCUACUGAUAUGCAAAAUAUUCCAAAUUUACAAAUGCCAUUCCAAAGUCCAACAUUACCUCCGUUCCCACCACCAUUUUAUCAAAGUCCGCCGCCGGGUAAACAGCCCGAACCUAUGCCCCUCCCUGUGCCUCCUGGUAUGCCUGGUAUACCUGCUAUGCCUGGACCAAUGCCUAUACCGAUGCCUAUGCCUCUUCCAGGUCCACCUGGACCAGCUCAUAAGCUCCCUGUUAUUGUUAUGCCUUUCUAUUCUCCAGACAACUCUUUCAAAAAGCCACAGCAAGGUCGACCUGAUCCAAGACCAAGACCACGGAUACGUAUACGUAAAAGAAGACCACGUUAUUAUUCUGAUACAGAUGAUAGCUCAGAUACCGACACCGAUACAUCUUCCAACGAGCUAACGGAUUCUACUUCAGAAUACGACGGCUUCUGGAGAGGCAAGCGCAGUGGCAGAAGAUCAAAUCGACAUCAUAGAGAGAAAAGAAGAAGGCACCAGAGACAGGAAUUACUUACGCCAGUCUUGCAAUACGUUACGAAAGAUGGUUACGUUAUUUUUGAGAAAAAGAUUACUAAAGGUGAAGCUAAGGAUUGGUUAAAAGUUAAAACAGAUAAUUUUGAAUCUACGACGCAUGCUAAGCAAGUAAUUGAAGAAUUUGAAGAUGUAGAAGAAGCAAUUCAGGCUGAUAAGGAAGAUGAAAAAGUGGAAAUUAAAACAGAACGCAAUACGCAGAAGCAUCAUAGAAGGAAAUCGAAACAUAAAUUGCCCAAAAAUGGUGUAGCGGAAUGA